UUCAGUCAGGUCGAAACGUGAAAUCAAGCAGCACGAAAAAAGUAAAUUUUGUUCAUCAUCAUCAAAAAUCAAGAGCUGAAAAUUGUGUGUACACGUUUUAAAAUAACAUUUAUUUAUUUAUGAAUUAAAUAAAGUUUAUCGCUGGCUAAUAAAAAAAAAUACAUGUGAAGAAAAAAUAUCUUUCAAGUUUGGUGAAGAUAAAAAGAAAUUGAGCAAAGUGUCACUCUACGCAAAAUAUAAAACACAAAAAUAUCAGAAAAAUAAAUAUUGCCGCAAGUGGAUUUAAUUGACUUUUCACUUUAGUUCUAUACUUUUGUACAUAAUAAACAUAAGUGAACACAAAAAUGGCUGAAAUAGCAACAAAAAGUACGCCAAGGAAAAUUACGAUCCGCAAACGAGACGAUUUUGAUGGAUACGGUUUCAAUUUGCACGCUGAAAAAGGUAAGCCUGGACAGUAUGUCGGCAAGGUGGAUGCUGAUUCUCCUGCCGAGCUCGCAGGCUUGCGCGAAGGUGACCGGAUCAUCGAAGUAAACGGCAUCGAUAUUGGCUCCGAAACGCAUAAGCAAGUUGUGGAACGUAUCAAAGCUGUGCCGCACGAAACGACACUGCUGGUGAUCGAUCCGCACUCGUUCAGUCUAACAAAAAAUGGCUCGAUGAGUCCGGUCGCUAAAAAAGAGGAAAAACAAGUUGAGAAGAAUCGAGAAUCGAUGAAUAACAACAACAACAAUGAUGCAACAACCGAUUCAGAUAACAAAAAAACAGGAACAAAAGACAAUAGUGCCGUAUCAGCGAAUGCAACAACAACAACAACUGCGGAAAAUAAUAACACAAAAGUAGCUAAUGCGACAGUAAUGAUCAGCGAGACGACUGAAUCAACAAAAACGGAGACAGGCAAUCAUCAUGCGAACAAUCACCAUACCCAAAAGACGACUACGACGACGACGACGACAACAACAACAGAGAAGCCAGCUGAAAACAAUAAUCACGAUAAAAAUCAUGAGAAUAACAGUAAUCAAGCGAAUGGCAAGCACACCGACUCCAAAACCAGUAACGGCUCAUCCGCUCCCGCACUUAAUCUGAAUAUGACUGCAACAGAGCUCCGUGCCAAGCUGAUGGCAAAGAAAAAAUACGAUCCCAAGAAUGAUUCAAUCGAUCUGCGAAAGAAGCAUGAUAUCAUCGAGAAGAUGUAGAAAAAGAAUUUCCUCAUCACUCGUGCGUUCUUUAUUGUUUUCUUAAGUUAUAAGCAGUUUAGAUUGGUUGUUUCGUUAUAUUUUUGGUAUUUUCAUACAUACGAAAUUAGUGUCGCGAUGUGCAAAUUAAUAAAUAUAAUAUUAAAAAAUUCCAGUAUAUAUCUUGAAUACACACGAUACAAUUUACAAUACAAACAUAGAUGAGUAAGUAGUGUGAUAAGAUGACGUAAAUUGGAGCAAAUGCGAUGCACUCUCGGAAAUUUUGAAGUACGUUGGUUUUUUCUAUAAUGCAUUGAUUCACACUGAAAUUCCAAUUAGAACUUUACUUUAAGUUUCAUGAAUGAGUAAGGCCGAUCCAACUUUUCAUCCAUUUCGAAAAAAAUCGGGACAAAAAGUUCGAAAUAAUUUAGGACCGUCCUAAGUAAAUGCUUAUUUAUUGCACAUGUUAUAGAAACACUCACUUAUAAGGCUUUAUUUCAAAAGGACAAUCAAACGAAGCAUAAAAUUUGUGAAAAAAUGCAAAAACACCUUUUUAGCACUAAUUUUUCAUGGCCAUAACCUUCCCUUUAACACAUCAGCAGGGAUAUACCAAAACUAAGAUUAAAAAAAGACAGAAAUCAACGUUAACGAAAAACCUUCGUUCGAUUGCCUUCAUCUCACAACAAUCGCAUGUAAAUUUAUCACUCGCAUUUUAUUAUUAUUACAACUACCAUUUAUUUACGAAGUUAAAAAAUUUCUGUGUAUAGAUAUGAAUAAAUGUGUAAUGAGAAAAAAACAGCAAACUUUUUAUGAAAAGUACUAAUUAAAAUCAUGCAACUUUCCUGUGUGUAGCUUAUGGUUAAUUUUAAGGUAGCGUUAAAUUAAAAUUCAAAGAUGUGCCUUCUUUUAUUUACAUAUUUGACAAAAUGGAAAAUUUUCCAUGUAUUUUAAAGAAAAUAUAAGGCGGCUAAAUUAAAUGUUUCUAAACCCAAUUCAAAAUCGAAUUU